AUUUAAUAUUUUUUUUUUUGAAUUAUUAAAAUUUUAUUUUAGAAUCAUUACCGCUGUGGUCUAGUUAGUACAGUGCCCAAAUUUUGUAGUAGUAGCAAGCGUACAACUUUACAAGAAAAUUAUUUCAACUGAACUUAUUUGUGUUGUACGAAAUUAUGAAUUACCACAUUGAAAGGCCAACUUCCAGAGUAAUCCGUCCUCCAGGAGGAGGCUCAAGCAAUAUUUUUGGUUCUACCAACCCAGAGCCAGAUAAUUUGAAACCAUCCGAUAACCCAAAUUACACCAGUACAGUUUUUGAUCACUGCUCUAAAGGUGUAGAAUCUGGUACUACCAAAAGUGUUGUAAGAAGAGACCCGAUAACUGGUGAAGUGAUUGAUGAUGGUAGCAACGUAAAACAAACAAAACAAGAAGAAAAUGAUGAAAAAGAAAUUGAAACAAAAACAUCAUCAUUUGAUGACAAAGAAAAUUCAAGUGUAUCCGACCAUGAGCCACAUUUGGGUCCUAUUCGUAGUACAUCGGGUGUGCGGUGUGCACAACCCCCCGGUGGGCGGUCCUCUAUUACUUUUGGUUAAGUUAAAAUAGAAAAUUCAAAUUUUUGAACUAAAACGCAACAUUGAAAUUCUGAUAAUUCAUGACUUUCUUUUUAUAGUGCUGCUUGGUGCUUCUAUUAUUUAAUGUAUGUAUAUAUCAGUGUAUGAAUCAAUAAUCAAAAUGAACAUAAAUAAAGUUCUAAUUAUAUUAGCAUAAAAUUGCCAGACAUAAUGUAUUAAUUAUAAAAAUUACUAUUAAAACCAACAGCGUGUAA